AUGGACCACGGCCCGGACCCUAAGCGGCCACGGCUUGGGCAAGAACCCAACUCAUCGUGGUCCUCCGCAAGGCCGGCGUAUCCUACUUACACUACUCUCCCACGUCUCCCUGAACAACCGUCUGGUCAACCGCACCAGCACCAGCACCAGCAUCAACAUCAACAUCAACACCAACACCAACACCAGCAACACCAACACGCCCCUCACAACCACUACCCUCGGAGCACCGAUUCUCCAGCCCUGCCGCCGUUACUUACGACUCCAUACCCCAACAACCGCUCCCAUGAGGCGGAUCCGUACCCUGCCCGGCAUUCCCAACCGCCACAGUCACCGGCGCAUCCUCCUUACCAACCAGCCUAUUCGCCGCGCGAGUCGCCAGGUGGUGGUGGUAUGAAGCGAGAUCCCGACGAACACUUGCCCCAUCCGAAUAAUCGCCGCCAGAAUUCGACAGGAAAUGCGCCCGAACAACAUCCGGUGACUCCUCACGGUCUUCCCACGCAUGGCAUACAAGCGCAGUCUCCCGCACCCCCUCCGCCUGCGCAGCAUCCGCAGCCACCACAUCGAACCCAACAUCAACAACCUCUCCCUCAACAGCCGCCACCCAUCGACGACCGGAGACAACCGAGCUUCGAUAACGGCCAGUCUGGACCCAUGUUUCGCCAGCAGCAGAGCUAUGCGCAGCCGCCGCCGCAGCCGCCGCCGCCGCCACCGCCUCAUCCCCCUCAAACACACAAUCACGCGCACAUCCAGUCGCCGUAUGAGCAGUCUCCAACCCAUAAUAUGUACUCUACUACACCUUACCAGACCAACCAGGAAUUCAGCCCAUAUGGAAGUGCUUCGUCGGUUGCGGCCAACAAACAGAGGCCCAAGCACCAGCGCGCGUCCCAGGCUUGCGAUCGGUGCCGGCAUCUCAAGGCGAAGUGCGAUGAGCAGAAACCAUGCAAGAACUGCAAAGAGAAAAACGAACCUUGCAACUAUAAGGAGCCCAUAGUUAAACAACAAGACAAGGUUCAGACGGAGCUCCUCGAGGCGGUCACUAGCAUGAGUACGAGUUUUGCCGACAUAAAAUCAUUGAUUUCGGGGGUCGAUUCGCGUCUUAGUACGCGUCUUACGAAUCUCGAGGAAGCGAUGAGGACCAUAGUCGCUGUGAUCAGGCCUGGUGCCGCGCAACCCUUCCCUUUGUCGGUCAAAAGGGAGCUGAGCGGAAGCGAGGAUACUGCUUCAAAUGGACCGCACGAAUCCCCAAAUUCGGGCCGCGGCGAGCCGGUUGGAAGUCCUCAGGUGCCCAUAUUAGGGCCUACUGACAGGCAGCAAGCAUCCGAGGCAGCUUAUCCAGCAAUUACUGAAGAGUUGGUUUACUCCAAGGAGGCUGAGCAACCAAUCGCGCCUGUUAUUAUGGACGACGACAUACCAGAUGUACCCCCUGGCUCUCCGGUACCUGCGGGAAAACCUGCGAUUCCAGAAAACCACACGACAGGAACCGGCAAUUUGCUCAUGUGGCCAGCCAUUCAAAACCUCGUGGGCCACCUUUUGGUGGAAUAUGGCAUCAAAUACCCGAAAACCUACCCCCUCACCAUCGAGGAAAACAGGGGCCUGCUACAUUUGUACGGCCGAGGAGAAGGGAGCAAAAAAAGGCCGGGCGGGAGGGAGGUUCCCAACGACUUUGGAUUUCUCACGUCUGCCUAUCCCGAAGACGUAGCACCAUCGCCAUCAUCCAACAAUGAAUGGGGCUGGAUUGAUUCUACGGAAACAGCGCCUUUUAGUCCACAGAAUCAUCCUCCAACGCCCGAAACGAAGGCCCCUUCUCGAAAGACAAUGGGAGGCCUUAGGCUCGACCAUCAUUAUGUGUGGAAGCUUGUCGAGAGCUAUAAGGAUAAUAUGCAGAAUAUGCACCCCAUUAUUUUGCCCAAGGAUCUGGACGCACUGAUUAAAAACUUUCUCGAAAGCCUUCCCACGGUUUACGUAGCCAAAGCUGCCAGGCCGCCACCAAUCGCAGGCUUUGCCGCAAAACAUGAGAUGGUGGGUGAGAAACGGAAACGAGAGGAUACAGACGACGGUUCGGAACCCAAGGUUGCGCAUCAAAAACGGCAUGCUCCGUCUCGCCAUAUCAGCACUGCCGUAGUUCUCUGCAUUCUUGCCCUGGGUGAGAUCUGUUUACACAAGGACCGUAUCCCCGAUAUUGUUCUCACACAUGGCGAGAUGCAACAACAAGCUCAGGGUUCCUUUAGCUCUCAGUCCUACGGCUCCCAAGGUUCCCCGGCCUCUCGGAACGGCGUGCCACCAUCCCCCGUCCAGGGGACACCGCCUUCGGUAACGUCACAUCCGACAGGCAGCAGGCGGGCCUCUUUUCAGGGUUCUGCCGGUUCCACCCCAGGGCCUAUUAGGAGAAAUAUCGAUGUGAUCCCGGGUUUGCAAUACCUGGCCAAUGCCACCGACAUUCUGGGCAAUCAAAUGGGAGGGACGUCUAUAUGGCACGUAUACGCCAACAUUUUAGCUGGUCUUUAUUACGGCCAGCUGGGUAGGGUUAUGGAGAGUUAUUGGCAUAUCCAUCAUGCCUGCGUCAAGGCCCAGCAUCUUCUUAGGAACCACUUCUCUCGUCUUACUGCUGCAACAAGAGGCGGAACACAAGACAUCAAGGACACCCGGUAUUAUCUCAUCUACUGGACGUGUAUGCAACUUGAAAGCGACAUCAUCGCCGAGUUGAAUUUACAACAGUCGGGCAUCAGUAAUUACGAGCAGAGCAUGCCACACCCUAAUCUGGAACACAUGAUCGAAUGUGGUAUCGACGAACGUAUCGCCUAUAGCUACCAGGGACAGCUAUGGCUACGGAAGAUGCUCAAUAAGGCGCACACAAUGCUAUACGGGCCCAAGCCCGAAAGAAACAAAUUCUCGCUAAUAAAAUUGGUAGGCGUUCUCAAGGACAAUCUGACUGAGAACGAACAAACCUGGUGGCCAAGGUUACAUGCCCAUGAUCCCACGACUCCAGCCGACAACAUCCUCGACGCCAGGCUGCGAGCCAAAUAUUGGGGCGCUGUGAACAUCAUUUGCCGGCCUAUCAUCAAAUCUAUCUUAAUGCUAGAUUAUCAGUCGACGCUUGAAGGGCUCGACACGACUGAUCCCUUGAACGAGCUUUUGGAUCCCAACAACGAGGAGGUUUUAGAAAUAGCAAAAAUGGGCAUCAAUGCGCUUAUUAAUAGCACCAGGGCCUUUCACAAUCUUCCUGAACGGCGGUAUAUUGUCACCAACAUCUUUGGUACCGCUCAAGCCCAAUGGGGAAACCUUAUUACCCUUGCCGCGGUCUACAAGAGCCAGCACCUUUCACAUUUUGUUGACCCUGUGGAGCUCAAGUACCUUUUCGACAAGAUGAUACAGUUCCUGGAGGUCAUCUCGCAUCGAUCGAGCGGCCUCGAAAUGGACGGGAAAAUUCUCGUUGGUCUGAGGGACUCUCUGUUUCCCACGAGGGUUUUCCGACCCGGACCGCUCCCGGCUACCACCUCAAAUGCGCCCCCUGUGUCAAGUAUUCACACGUCAAUGGCGACCCAGCCCGUUUUCCAGCCCUUUCCGGUGAGCCCCGUACAUAGCAGUCCUGUAGUACCUCAGUUCGGGCCUCAGCCGAUGCCCCCGAAUGGUCUACCGCCGUUCUCUUACCCUUCCCACCCACCUCAGCCGUCCCAUCCAACACAGAACGGAGCAGUGGAUGUUCAGGUACCUCGAUGA